UUCCAAUUGAGAUGGUCCAUUUCCGUGAUUGUUUUGGGCCAGACUUAAUACAAUAGUCAGCGGCGCAAACUCUUAACCCGUCAUCCGAUCACAUCUUCAUAACCACACACUCCUCUCAUCCCGGCAUAUAUAUAUGUAUUCCGCGACCGCGGAUAAUCAAAUAUAUAUCGCAUAUAUGUACCGCAGUUUGUUUGGCGGCAUGCCGAUGCGUAUUAUUCCAUCGCCUCCACGGGGACCAGACUCGCUGAUUGUUCUCUCCCGCCGGCUGAGCGCAGCAACGCCCAGGCGGGCUGCCUGAAUGGUGCAGUGCAGCACCCGGAUGCCGGCACCCCAGCGGCGCUCUUUUAACCUUAACCGAUCGGAAACUGGAUGCCCCAGCAAAUUUGCUGAUCCCACCGACUCUCCCGUGCCGAGUUUUUCUGAUCCCGGGACGUUGUUGGCUAUAGCGCCAGCGUCGCGGCGUCGUCAAAGCGGGAAUUUAUUUGGCAUUUAAUCGGCUUUGCCCAUUUCCUCGAGACUCCGUGGCCCCGGCGCGCGGGUAUAAUGUAAUCGGCUUCGGUUGCUGAUAGCUGCCCGCGCAGACUAUUAUAUAGACAUCGUUUGUGGCUGGUAACGCGGUUUCCAUUCCAUUUGCCCACCCUGGCAAUAUAUUAUAUCGCAUCACGGUGCCGAAGGAAGCCAUCCAUAUUAUACGCAGUCCAUAUCCGGUCGAGCUGAUCAGUGCGCCGCGCGACUCGGUUCAUAUAUACGCGCAGCAGUGAUCGGCGGCACAGUACAGAUAUUUUGUAUAUAUACGGCCCAAUAUCGUGCGCAUUAUGUGUCAGUUGGGCCAGUGUUAUACGGCAGCUGUGUAAAGCCUCGCUCGCUGAUACGGAAGUGUCAGUCAUAUCGCAAUGCAACCCCGGCUUCCCGGUUCUUGUACCACAUUAGUCGGCUUCCCUGAUUUUCCGGGAUCAGCAUGACAUUUAAAUUAAUCUACUGUUGGCCAUAAUUGGCAGUGGUGUGUUUGUUGUUCUCUGUGUGAUCCGCGAUUUAUUUGGUGGUUUAACUUUCCUGCCCCGAUACCACGGUUAUCUCCCGUGAACCUGAUCCGGCAAUUAACAAUGUAUGGAUUCGUCAAUCGUGCCAUUGAGCUACUGGUGCUGAGGAAUUUCGGAGCGGAUACGUGGGAGGAUAUCAAAAAAGAAGCGGGUGUGAGCAUUGACGGAAAUUUUCUAACACGAUGCGUGUACGACGACGAAAUGACGUUCCGCUUGGUGACCGCAGCGGAAAAGAUCCUCAAUGUACCUGUACCCAAAAUUCUGGAGCUCUUCGGUGCAUUCUUCUACGACUUCUGCCUGGAGUCCGGCUACGAUAAAAUCCUGGGCGUGUUGGGCUCCACCCCCACGGCCUUCCUGGAGAAUCUGGACGCGCUACAUGACCACCUGGCGUCCAUCUACCCGGGCAUGCGGGCCCCGUCCUUCCGCUGCACCAAACGCGACUACCGCUCCGUCAUCCUACACUACUACUCUGAGCGCGAGGGCCUCGAGCCCAUCGUCAUCGGCAUCGUCAAGACCGUGGCCAGUCGUCUCCAUGGCAAGGAGAUCGACAUUCGCGUGUACAUGGACAAGAACAGCCAUCCCGACUGCGACCACUCCCAGUUCUUAAUUGAGGAACGCGACGCCAAUAAGGACCAAAUCCAGGACACGCUGGAGCGCAGCAGUACCGUCUUCACCAACGAGCCCAAGAUCGCGCCGCACACCUUCGCCCAGCUCUUCCCCUUCCAUGUGAUAUUCGACCGCGGUCUGGUCAUCCGCGGUAUGGGCACAGCCUUUGCGCGACUCCUCCCGGACAGCCUCCACCGGCCGUUGGACAGCAUCUUCGACAUGCUCCGUCCCCACAUGCCCUUCGACUUCAAGACCAUCGUGUCACACAUCAACACCGUCUUCGUCCUGCAGACCCUGGCGUCCGUGGCCAAAUUGCGGAAAUUGUAUAUAAAGCUCAAAGGUCAGAUGAUCUUCCUGCCGGAGCAUGACUGGGUGCUGUUUAUCUGCUCGCCCAGUCUGACCAAUCUGGUCGAGUUGGAUAAGGCCCAUACGCACCUAACGGAUAUUCCGCUGCACGAUGCCACCCGCGAUCUGGUGCUGAUGUCCGAACAUUUCGAGACGGAGUACCGGUUGGCGCGCGAUAUGGAGAUCCUGACCGAUCAGCUACAGCAGAUGUAUCGCGAUCUCGAGGAUGAGAAGAAGAAGACGGAUAAGUUGGUGUACUCUAUAUUGCCGGCCAGUGUGGCCAUUGAGUUGCGGCAUAACCGGCCGGUGGCGGCUAAGCGCUACGAAGAGGUCACGGUGCUGUUCUGCGGAGUGACGAGUUUUGCGCAGUUUUGUGUCGACCAGAAAAAUGAUCCAAUGAAGAUCGUGGACUACCUGAACACCAUUUAUUCCAAAUUUGAUGCACUCACUGAUCCGAAACUCAAUCCACACGUUUAUAAGGUAGAGACCGUUAAUGACAAGUACAUGGCGGUCAGCGGACUGCCGGAGGAGAACAAGUGUCAUGCACGAUGGAUCGCCAAGUUGUCACUGGAGAUGAUGGAUAUCUCCACACAGCUCCGGGAAGACGGUCUCCCCGUCACGAUUACGAUUGGACUUCAUAGUGGGGAGUUGGUAACGGGUGUUAUUGGGCAACGAAUGCCGCGAUAUUGUCUCUUUGGAAACACAGUGAAUUUGGCCAGCCGGACGGAAUCGACCGGCUCCAAAGGUCACAUUAAUAUAUCCGAGACGGCCUUUCGGUACUUACAAGAUGAGAAUAAUUUCGAUCCUUCCUUCUGCUUCGAGGAACGCGGCCAUAUCGCCAUGAAAGGCAAAGCCGAGCCCAUGGAAGUGUUCGUGUUGCGCAAAGAGGUGCCCAAUGCCCGUACGGCAUUCUUAUUCCAUCCGUUACUGAAAAUCACUGCUGUAUGACAUUCGCUUAAAUUAGACGAACGUGAUAUUAAAUUUUGGUUCCAGUCUUCCCUGUUUGAACGAGUUUUGUAUGCUACUUCUUAAUGCAGUUAUAUUUGACCGUUUUGCAUCCAUGAAUUAACUUUUAUGUAUCUACUUCUACAGUAUAUAGAAACUAUUCCAACUUAUUUUAUGACAGCAUGUUUAUGUGUCGAAAAAUCUACUGGAGCAAUAAAAGUUGG